UGGUUUUCAUUUACCCUUUUGAAUAGCAACCAAUAAAUAAGUAAUUUCAUUUCCCGCCUUUCUCGACUCGCUCUAUUUAUUUCCAAGAACGAACCCCACCUUCAUUCUUUAUCUUAACCACAACAAUCAAAUUCAUCUCACCGAUCUUCCAAUUACGAACCCUAAUAUCAUUUCAAUUUCUAUACCAAAAUGUCGUGGCAAACGUACGUUGAUGAUCAUUUGAUGUGCGACAUUGAUGGCCAAGGCCAGCACCUUGCCGCCGCUGCCAUUGUCGGCCACGACGGCAGCGUUUGGGCUCAGAGCGCCUCAUUUCCACAGUUCAAGUCUGAUGAGAUCAAUGGUAUCAUGAAGGAUUUUGAUGAACCAGGUCAUCUUGCACCUACUGGAUUACACCUUGGUGGUACAAAGUAUAUGGUAAUCCAAGGAGAGCCUGGAGCAGUCAUCCGUGGAAAGAAGGGGUCUGGAGGAAUUACCAUAAAGAAGACUGGUCAAGCUCUAGUCUUCGGAAUCUAUGAAGAACCUGUUACUCCAGGACAGUGCAACAUGGUCGUUGAGAGGCUUGGCGAUUACCUCGUCGAUCAGGGUCUGUAGACUUUUCUAAGUCCCAUCUCGGUUCCCAGUUAUCGAAUUUUGGCCUACAAUCUUUUUUUUUUUUUUUUUCAGAUUCUUUUCCCUCCUUCUCUUUGUGUUUUGUUUGGUCUCAAGUUUGCAUACGCUUCAUUCUAGAGCCUCAGAAUAGGCCAGAGAAGUUAAUGCAGACAAUAACCUCCUGAAAGAUAUUAACAGUUGUUUGGAGCUUGGCUUUUCAUUAAUUUUCAUAAAACAUAUGAAUAUUUUUUAGUAUUUA